GCAGGCAGGCAGACGGGUUGUGCGCCACCCGGAGCCUGAUGAGACACUUCACCGGGGAGAAAGUACCGGCGCGCUGUGACACGCUUAGCGGCUUCGCUCUGUCACUUUUUGGACGUUUCUGUAUUGGAAACUGGGGGGCUCGGGGCUUGGUGGAUAAACGCACUGUUUUUGGAGAUUAACUGAUGUUGCAUCUCCAUACUGAAUGAGCGCAUAGGGAGCGCAGGAUCCCCCCCCCCACCUCCUCUCAGAAGGUUGGGCUCACCCAGCUAUAGAGAGACCCAGACCUGGGGGAAAAUCCACAUCAAGAUGGAGUUAUUUAUCUUCUGGAGGGCAGUCCUUAUCUUCCUCACGCUUCCCCCUUUCCAGGGUGCAGAGAGUCAGCCUCAGAGUGCAGUGUUCCUGCCAGAGUUCGCCCUGUCCCCUCAGGGCAGCUUCAUGGAGGAUGCUACAGAAGAUCAGUUCCUAACCUACAGAUACGACGACCAGGCGUCCAGGAUGACCCGCUCAGAUGAAGACAGGGACCUGGGCUGGGACGCCUGGGGCACAUGGAGCGAGUGCUCUCGCACCUGCGGAGGAGGAGCGUCCUACUCUCUGCGACGCUGUCUCAACGGAGGAAGCUGUGUUGGCAAAAACAUCCGCUACAGAACCUGCAGCAACAGGGACUGCCCAGCAGAGUCCGGUGAUUUCCGGGCCCAGCAGUGUUCGGCCCACAAUGACAUCAAGUACCAGGGUGUCACCUACGAGUGGUUCCCAUCACCUUAUGACCCGUCAGCACCCUGUGCACUGCGCUGCCAAGCCAAAGGGAGAAGUCUCACUGUUGAACUGGCCCCCAAAGUGCUGGACGGGACACGAUGCCGGGCGGAUGCUUAUGAUAUGUGCAUCAGCGGAGCGUGUCAGGAAGUGGGCUGUGAUCGCCAGCUGGCCAGUGGUGCCAGGGAGGAUAACUGUGGUGUCUGCGGCGGCGACGGCUCCACAUGCCGGCUGGUCAGAGGACAGGCCCUACCCCACCUUACACCAGAACAACCUAUCAAGACAGUGCUGGACAUGCCAAUAGGAAGCCGCUUUCUCAGACUCAAUGCCAAAGGACCUGAUAUUAUAGUUAUCGAAGCCGUCUCUCUUCAGGGGAGGAAGGAGGAGACCACUCUGGUGUCUAGCGGCUCAUAUGUUAUAGGAAACACCUCCCUGGACUUCCAAAGAGGGACAGACCGGCAGACACUCAGGACACACGGCGCACUCAACGCUGAUUACAUUAUCAAGAUGAAGUAUGGAGGCUCCAAGGACACAGUUGUCCAGUUUCUCUUCUACGAGCCAAUCAGGUACCAGUGGAGAGAGACAGACUUCUUUCCCUGCUCAGUCAGCUGUGGAGGAGGCUACCAGCUGAACUCUGCAGAGUGCACAGACAUCCGAUCCAACCAGACCUUGCCUGAGCACCAUUGCAACAGCUAUCCUGAAAACACCAAACCCACACCAAAACUCAAGGAGUGCAACAUGGACCCCUGCCCAGAGAGUGACGGAUUCAAAGAGGUGAUGCCAUAUGACCACUUUCAACCUCUUCCUCGCUGGGAGCAGGGCCCCUGGACCCAGUGCUCAGUGUCCUGUGGCGAAAGCGGUGGCUGGCAGGACCGCAGCGUGAUGUGUGUGGAGGAGGACACCCACGGACAAUUCUCCCAGGUGGAGGAGUGGAAGUGUACCCACUCCCCUCGGCCCACCACCCGACAGACAUGCAACACCUUCGCCUGCCCCCAGUGGGUGGCCAUGGACUGGUCUCAGUGCACGGUGACGUGUGGGCGUGGCCUGCGUUACCGGGUGGUGCUGUGCAUUGACCACCGGGGACAGCACAUCGGAGGCUGCGAAGCGUCACUCAAACCUCAUGUCAAAGAAGACUGUCUGGUCCCAGUCGCCUGCCACAAGCCUCGAGAAUCUCUGCCGGUGGAGGCCAAGGUGCCCUGGUUAAAACAAGCCCACGAACUGGAGGAGCAGCAUACUGCUACAGAGGAGCCCACAUUCGUCCCCGGACCCUGGUCGCCCUGCAGCACCACCUGUGGGCCUGGCAAGCAAACUCGGGAGGUGAAGUGCCAGGUGCUGCUUUCAUUCACCAAGACGGAAGUGGACCUUCCAGAGGAGGAGUGUGGCGAAGAAAGACCCCAGCUGGAGAGGCCGUGCAACCAGGGGCCAUGUGCCGAAGUCCCAGGGGUCUCCGCACACCUCCUGGACCAUGAGACCCCUUACAUGCAGACAGAGGAAGUGUUCAGCUGGGACUACCGGGGCUUCACUGCCUGCUCAGCCACAUGUGCUGCUGGGAAGCAGACAGCAGUUGUGAGGUGUGUUAACAGGAAGCAGGGUGAAGAGGUGGAGGACUCUAUGUGUGAUUCAUCCAGUAGGCCACCAGUGAUGAUCCGCAUCUGUAACCCUGAGCCGUGCCCCCCCAGAUGGGAGGUGACAGCAUGGACCGGCUGCUCUGCGUCCUGUGGCGUGGGCAUCCAGACCAGAAGUGUGUUUUGCAUGCGCCUGUUGUCCGUUGACCAGCAGGAUAUUCUGACUGUUUCAGAGGACGAGUGCAGGGAAUUCAAACCUGCCAUCCUGCAACCCUGCAACCAGCUGGACUGUCCUCCCGCCUGGGACACCGAACCUUGGCAGCAGUGCUCCCAGUCCUGUGGCGGGGGUGUCCAGGUGCGGAAGGUCUACUGUAAGCAGCUUCUGUCCACAGGGGCCUACAGGAGGCUGGUAGACCAGGCUUGCAGGGGGGCCAAACCUGCUACUAACAGAGGCUGCAGCCAAAUCGACUGCCUGCCCUACUUGGCAGGAGGCGAAUGGGGAAAGUGCUCGGUGUCCUGUGGUUUGGGGAUCCAGCGUAGGGAGCCAUCGUGUUCCCAGUUGACAGCCAUGGGGCACCAGGUGACGCUGGCCAGGGAGCUGUGCUCAGGGUUGGCCUCCCCUCCCCUCGUACGAACCUGCCGCAUGAUGGCCUGUCCCAAGCACAAAAAAGAGAUGAGGCCCAAAGAGACCGUGAAGAACCAAGUCAGACAGACGGUGAGACGUCCACCGCAGGCUAGAGGCUAUGAGCCCGGAGUUAAACGGUGUCCAGCGCUCAUGGGUAAGCACCACAUCUAUAUCCAGACCCGCAAGGUGAAGCGCCUCCACCUGACCGUCGGUGGCCACGCCUACCUCCUACCCAACACCUCGCUGGUCAUCAAAUGCCCGGUCAGAAGGUUCCCCAAAACCUAUGUUCGCUGGCUCAAAGACGGACGCCCCCUGCCCAGCUCCAAACGCCUGGGCGUCACCAAAUCCGCCUCUCUGAAGAUUCACUUUCUGGCUGCAGAGGACAUCGGGGUCUACAAGUGUGUGGCUGGACCGGCCUCAAACAUCUUCACCCUGCAGCUGAUAGGUGGUGACAGAAGUUUAACUGGCAGAGAGUUCACUGCCAGUCCCACUCCCAGCAGGGAGGAAAUGCUCCCUAGCUGCCACACGCACUACACAGGCCUGCAGCUGAUGUGGCCGGGGGUCAGUGUGUCUCUGCAGCCCCCUGGUGUCCAGGAGGAGGCCUGGCUGCAGCCACGGCUGAAGGAGAGGCUGAUUAAUAUCACCCAACAGGCUGACAGAGGGGAGAUCCACCAGGAGCAGGCCUCAGAACUCAUCUCCUCACUGCUGAGCCACAUGUCUGCUGGCCAGCUCUGGGCCAGGACUCCACAAGGACCAGGAAAGGCCAAAGACAGACUGGCCAACUGGUCUGAGCGCUCUUCAUUGGAGACGGUUGGGCGUAGAGCAGUGAUCAUCAGACAGCAGCAGAGCCCUCCACUGAGCCCUCAGAAGAACAUCAACAUCAGCAUUGGACACAGCGCCCUCCUGACCAACACCACCCAAUCAGUGACCAUACUUUGUCCUGCACAAGGCCUCCCGCCUCCCAAAAUCAGCUGGACCAAAGAUGGAGCUCCGCUGCAGCACACUAGCAGGAUAUCCUGGGAUAUCUCCGGAGGACUCCACAUCCUUCAGCCCCGAGCGUUUGACAGAGGCCAGUACAAGUGCACAGCUGCCAAUAUACACGGCUCCGAAUCCGAGACAUCUCAGCUGUUAGUGGCAGAGCCUCCAGCCAUUGCAGUGUCAUGGAGGAAUGUUUCCGACCAUGGCUUUGAGUUGAGCCACAGCUUGAGGACCAAGGUGGGGGGACGAGUCAGUGUUCGCCCGGGGGCCAAUCUUACGCUGGACUGCCCCGUCACCGGCGUUCCACAGCCCACAGUGACGUGGAACAGGAAGGAUGGUGUAUUAGAUGCCGGUGCUGUUUCCCUGCCCUCUGGAUCACUGUGGAUCACUAAUGUUUCUCCGAAACACCAAGGCACUUACUCCUGCACCGCCACCAACGCCAUAGGAAGGUCCACUGCUUCUACUGUCCUGCAGGUCUACGGUCCAUACUCUGCUGGAGGAAGCAGGGUUGUCCCAGUCUCACAAGAGCUGAACAGGAGAAGGGUCCUGAUGGCGUCCCACCGGGGAACCAGUGUCUUUAUCAAGCCUGGCCACAUUCUACGUAUAGGCUGUCCUGUCGUUCCUGACCACAAAGUGCCCGUGCGGUGGGACUACAACAGCCAGACCCUGAAGGAGGUUUCAGGUCCAGCCCAGACCCAGACCCAGGUUUUGGGUCUGCAGUACAGGAUGCUGGUGGGAGGCCGUGUGCUUGAAGUCAACACUGUCCAGGGGAAGUUCUCUGGGCGGUAUCGAUGCCAGACCCUAAUCAACAGCACCCGACCCAUGCUGUCUGCCUGGAUACACGUUCACACAGAAGAGUUUAGCUGGCGGUUUGGGUACUGGACCACAUGCAGUGCUUCCUGUGGGAACAAAGGCACUUGGCUGCGGACGAUUCGCUGUGUCACCCUGGAUGGAAAGGAUGUUCAGCCCACCAUGUGUCAGCACAUACCAAAACCCAUCACUUCCCCAGUCCCCUGCAACAGACAGGACUGCCCCCCCAGAUGGUCGGUAUCAGAGUGGUCAAAGUGCUCAGCGUUGUGUGGCGGAGGCUGGAGACAGAGGCAGCUGUCCUGUCAGCAGCUGGAUGCCAGAGGUACAGUGAGGACUCUGACAGCAGCGGCCUGUGAGAGGACGAGCCGGCCCACAGACACGGAGCAGUGCACUGCCAAUAACUGUCCAACCUGGGUAACCAGUGCAUGGGGAAAGUGUUCAGGGAGGUGUUUAGGCCCCACCACCACGGUACAGAAGAGAUCUGUCACCUGCCAACAUGCCAACGGCUCCUCAUACACAGACUGUGAUCUCAAGGACAGGCCUACAUCGGUACGCAACUGUUCCUCUAACCUGUGUGACGUCCAGUGGCGUCCCGGUGCGUGGCGGGCGUGCACUGUAGCCUGUGGGAGUGGCUUUCAGUCCCGCAGGGUGGACUGUGUUCACCGCAGGAGUGGCGGGACUCUGCCGGAGCAGCGCUGUGCCUGGCUCCAACGCCCCUCCGCCUGGCAGCACUGCAACACCACCAACUGCGGGAGUGAAUGCAAGGACACAACUCAGUACUGCAGCGUGGUGAAGAGGCUGAAGCUGUGCUACCUGGACAUGUACAAGCAGAGAUGCUGUGGCUCCUGUUCACAGGAUCCCGACUCCACCUAGUGGCAGCGAGCCGUUAUAACCACACUGCAUUUUGUAAAAACAGAUGAACUACAUGAAACGAACGAGCAAAAUACUGAAAGGACGCUGUCUAUGAGUGGAAGCUUCAAAAUGCGCAUAUUUAAACAGGAAAAGCUUCAGUCCAAUUAUUUCACUUCCUAAAAGGAACCUGAACAGAGCCUUCAAAGGCCGUAAGGAUAAAGGGGCUUUACUUUCUGAAUUUGGACCCAAAACUCCUAAUAUGAAGACAAGUGUAGUGGAGUUUUUUGGACUUUCCUUCAAAAACGGAACAUUUACUUUACAAUGACAUUCAUUCAUUAUAUUCCUUCUUGGCAGCGCAGCCAAAAAGAAAUGUAACAAGGUUUAUUGUAGAACGCGUACCACUACUCUCCUGUAAAGAAGACUUAGACUGAGGUACUGGUUUGCAGAUAUACAUCCGCCAGUCAUGUAAAUUGAGUCGAAUCAGCAACUACAUAAAAAGCCUACAAACCUUGUAGCCCUACUUUUACAUACACAUUUCCUUCAAAUGUUCCUUUAUUUGUGGAAUUGUUCAAAAAUUGUUUUUAUGAAUUUUUUUAUAUAUAAAAUAUGAAAGCAAAAUUUGGGUUUAUUACAACUUGGGUCUAAUUUUCUUAGUUUUGACCAUCAUUUCUACAAUCUGAAUUGCUGAGAUCUGGCAACAGAGCAACAUUACUACACAAGAAGUCAGACAGCUUGUUAAAACCACUUUAUUUUGAGGUAAAAAGAUAGUGGUUAUGGCACAUGAACAAUGGAUGACCAAUGGUUAGAGGAUAGACAACAAAAAUACUUGAUUGAGGUUUAGGAAAGAUCAUGGUUACGUCGGGGUUAGGUUAAAGAGUCUCCAUUAACUAGGAGGUGUGGAAUAAGGAGCUUAAGCCAGUGUCAAGACCACCUAAACUGAGACCAAGUCUCUACCAAGACCAGAGUGUAUCAAGACCAACAAGAUCAAGACUUUGAGGGGUUGAGACCGAGUCAAGACCAACGCCAAGGCCGGUUGAGACCAAGUCAGGACCAAGACCAGACCAGUGUGAGUCCUACACCGCAUGACACGAUAAAAUGUUGAAAAUUAUAACCAUAGGCACUCCUCAUGUUGAUUUGAAAGAUUCAAAUUCCCAUAAAACACCCACAGAAAACACUGCAUUUGAAGCAGGAUGUUUUACAUCCAAUCACAGUAAUGAUAUUAACACACAAAGCAGACAAUACACAGGCGGGUAUGGUCUUAAAAUAAAAUCCAGAGUUCUCUUCAUCCAAGUAAAAAUGUGUUAAUUCCGAGACGAGACCUUCAAAAAGUGGUCACAAGACCCGUCUCAAGACCAAGACUGAAUUUGAGUACUACACUGGCUAAAGCACAGGUUAGCACAUGCUCACUCACCAUGUGGACCCCCUAUUCAGAAAGAGCCCUAAACCACUAAGAAGCAUGGUAGAGCAGAGAGAUGAAAGAAGCAGAAUCCAGGAGACUGUGAGGUUGGGGUUAGGGCAAACCAAUAGUUGAGGGCCAGAAAGAGAGUCCAAGAUCAAAAGAUGCAAAGCUGUUUUAAGAAGAAUCUGAUAAAGAUAAGAAGGAACUGGUGGUCAACAGAAUAUUAAUUCAGGGUGGGAUAAGCCAUUGAGAUGAAGAUGGUAAUGAAGGGUAACCUGUUGGUUAGGGGUUAGGGUCACAAACCUCACAUCUUUUGCAUGAAAGUCAGAUGUGCUUCACACCCAUCCACUGUAACCUCCACGCCCUUACUUUACUACAUUAACCAGUCCCUCCAGGAUUUCGAGGCCUUUUGUCGGAGUUUGUUGCAGCCCAAAAAUGCCUGAUUUUGUGGGAGCUUUUGUAAAAAAAAUUGCAAUGAAAGUUGCAAUGUCUUUUGUAUUUUUGUUGCAAUGAAGUUACAAGAGACAGUGAAAAUUGCAGAAAAAUAUUACUCUGGGCUGAGUUUUACUAGUAACCUUACCAAAAAUCCUUAGGAUGCUGCAACUGUUGGUAUUAUAUGAAAAUGGCUGGUGGAUUUAAGACAAAAUAAUUUAUUGAAUUAAUCAAAUUUGAACAUGUGUGUCAGUGAUCUUUACACUGUUAGUUAACUUCCUAUCCUAGCCUGGGACGCACAUUCAUUCGGUUUAAUAAAGGACUUGUUGGACUUUAACUUAUCAUUGCACUUACAAUAACAAGCGUAGCUGUCCUCAAUUUAGGUCACCCUGUACAUCUCAUCUCUGGUUUUUCCUGCAUCCACUGUGUGUGUGUGUGUGUGGGGGGGGUACUUAGCAGCAGCCCCGCCCGCUGCAGAGAGCCGACAGGAUUGAAACAGCAGGGCACCCAGAUAGCUCAGUUGGUAGAGUGGGCGCCCAUGUAUAGAGGUUUACUCCUCAACACAGCAGACCAGGGUUUGACUGCGACCCUUUGCUUUGCUUUGAUUGGUUAAAGUCACGGGAACCUCCGGUCAUUGGUCAAUUUUACAGAAAAGUUGCGGUGAUUGGUCAAAAUUGCGAGACACACCAAAUUCACGGCGAUUGUUACAAAUUGCCUGAAUUAUUGCAAUAUCAACAUCGCGAUAUAUUGGAGGGACUGAUUAAAGGGUAGUUUUUUUCAAUCUGGACCCUUUUUGUGUGUGUAGGUGACUGAUGGGAACACCAAUCUUUGACAUUGGUGCAAUAUUAAACAAGAUUGCUGCAGUCGGCAGCGACAAAACGAGAUACAAUGUAAGUUAUUGGGCAAUUGCGCAUCUUCAAUUUACAUCCACAUAAGUGCUGUUUUCCCACUGACAGGCUCCAAUUAAAAUUCUUAGUGUCUGACAACAUUAUGGAAAGGAUCCCUACAGAGAUAGACCUUUUUGUUAAAGAGUAAAACAUCCCUGAAAAGUAGAAGUCUAUUUUAAUAAACAGCAAUUUUAUUUUGUGAAAUACACUUCAUUCAAAGUCGACUGAAACUAAAUAAAUCAAAAGCCUAAGUCUUGUGCUUACUUUAUAAAAGCAAUGUCAGGAGAGAUAUAAAACAGGAUUAAGGAUCCAAAUUCUUAAAGACCAUUCACUUGAGUGAAGGUUCUGGUUUGUGAUUGUUGUCACAUGUCACUGAUGAGAAAAGAACUGCUGCUGUUGGAGCUCCAGUUGUGGGAGCAUGAAUUCAUAUGCACAUAUUCACCAACAUCACUUAGGAUGUUAAACGAUGACCAGAAGAAUAAAAGAAAUGACUUUGAUAUUAAAGACGAAGAACAGUUCAUUGAGGCAAACCUGACUCUAGACAGAGAGGCACCAGCACAACACUGAUUUUGACUGAUGGGUCUAUUCAUGUUACCUUUGUGUUGGUUAUCAUACUGAUGUGCUGCAUUGUAAAAUGUCUUGUAUAUACUGUGUUAUACAUAAGUGCAAUAUCGUAUAUUGAGUGUAUGUAGAUUGUGUGCAACUUUUAUUUUCUUACUUAUUCAUGUUGUCUUUUUAACAACUGUUAAAGAUCCUAGAGUAUAAAGCAUGUGUAUAUGUUGAUUGGGUGGUAUGUUUGCUACCACUCACCUGGUUUUAUUUGCAUGUGUUAAAGCGCAUCUCCAAUCUUUUAAACUCAACAAGCAAUUGUCAGCGUUGACCCCUGGCUAUACAGUAUAUCCCAUGUGGUGACGUUACACUGCUUGUGGACUUUUUGACUAAAAGAAUAUGAGGUAGAACGACAAAUCAUUAAAGUGCUUUAGAUAACAAGGCAAAGAAAUAAAGACAUUUGAUCUCUUCAUA